CUUCAGCUUUCAUUUCUCUCAAUCAAGGAUUUUCUUCGCUGUAUAUUGGUUUUGACUUUCUUUUAAUUGCUCAUUGAUACCCCUUCUAUAACUUUACAUACAACUCGAAAUUCUACUUCGACACUAUAACUCCAAUAUAAUCACCAUGUCUACUGCAUACAAGAACUCUUUCUGGGCCUGCUGCACCCCUUUUGAUCUCUGUACGCUUCUCAAUCUAAACCAUUUCUCAUUCCUCAUCAAUAUACUAACAAGUCCCCAUCAAGGCCUCAAAACAUGCUGCUGCCCUUGCUUCGUCUCCGGUCGCAACCACCACCGCAUUGAAUAUGGCAACGACAAUGACUACUCUACCUGUAACGGAUGGUGCUGCGGCUGGUACGGACUCGCCGCCUUCGGAGGAUUCUCAUUUGUACUGCAAAUGCUUGAUCGUCAGAAGAUGCAGAAGCAACAUGGUUAGUUCACUUCGUUCAUUUCCCAUCUCCCAUAUCACAUCUUUUACUCUCCAAACCCUUCUCACCCUUCAUAACCCAUCACCCACCCGCCAAUAAAAACUAACGCGCGAUUCCCAGGACUCGAAGGAAACGCCUGCACUGGGUGCAUGGGGUCGUACUGUUGUGCCUGCUGCGAAUUAAUGCAAACCAGCAAGGAACUCGAUUAUAUUCUCCUUGAGCAGAAUGCUGGAGCGAAGGGGUACCAAGCUCAGCCAGGAAUGGUUGCUGGUCCUCAACCUGGCGGUUUUAGCUGAAUUGUGUGAUGGUUGAAAUUAUGAAUGAUUUUUGGGAUAUUUCUGCGGGCUGGCUUGUUUUUUGGACUGUGUCGAUUUAGGGACAGUUGGUACGGGUGCUAUUAAGGUUAUAGUGGAGUUUGUUAUACCAUAAUUUCACUACACUAGAGUUCAAACCUGUCUCAUGUAAAGCACUGGCUGUUGAUUAAUUGAAGGGGGGAUACUAACCUAGUCAUAAAUCAAUGCAAUAUAUUUG